AUGAUGAAGUCAUUCACUCUACUAACAGCUUCGGCGCUGUUGGGCAGUGCUGCCGCCGAGGUUCACAAGCUGAAGCUCAACAAGGUCCCGCUGUCGGAGCAACUGAACACACAUAACAUCGAGGCUCAUGUGUAUAAUCUUGGCCAGAAGUACAUGGGCAUCCGCCCUGAGAAGCACGAAGACCUGUUCCACGACACCGCCCUCAAGCCUGCUGGUGGUCAUGACGUGCUCGUUGAUAACUUCCUGAACGCUCAGUACUUCUCUGAGAUCCAGAUCGGUACUCCUCCCCAGACCUUCAAGGUUGUCCUCGACACUGGUAGCUCCAACCUCUGGGUUCCCUCCCAGUCGUGCAACUCGAUUGCCUGCUACCUUCACAGCAAGUAUGACUCGUCUUCUUCGAGCACUUAUGAGAAGAAUGGUACCGAGUUUGAGAUUCGCUAUGGAUCUGGUAGCCUGAGCGGCUUCGUGUCCACGGACACCCUUCAGAUUGGUGACUUGAAGGUCGAGGGACAGGACUUCGCCGAGGCCACCAAUGAGCCUGGCUUGGCCUUUGCCUUCGGCCGCUUUGACGGUAUCCUUGGCCUCGGCUAUGACACCAUCUCCGUGAACAAGAUGGUUCCUCCCUUCUAUAACAUGAUUAACCAGAAGCUCGUGGAUGAGCCCGUGUUUGCCUUCUACCUUGGCGAUGCCAACAAGGAUGGUGACAACUCCGAAGCCACCUUCGGUGGUAUCGAUGAGAGCCACUACACCGGUGAGCUGAUCAAGAUCCCCCUUCGCCGCAAGGCGUACUGGGAGGUCGAGCUCGACUCCAUUGCUCUCGGUGAUAGCGUUGCUGAGCUCGAGAACACCGGUGUUAUUCUGGAUACUGGCACCUCUCUCAUUGCCUUGCCCUCUACCAUGGCUGAGCUUCUGAACAAGGAGAUUGGUGCCACCAAGGGCUUCACAGGACAGUACAGCGUUGAUUGCGAGAAGCGGGAUUCUCUUCCCGACCUCACCUUCACCCUGGCCGGCCACAAGUUCACUAUUGGCCCCCAUGACUACAUCCUGGAGGUCCAGGGUUCCUGCAUCAGCAGCUUCAUGGGCAUGGACUUCCCCGAGCCCGUGGGUCCCCUGGCUAUCCUGGGUGAUGCCUUCCUGCGUCGCUGGUACAGUGUUUAUGAUCUCGGCAACAAUGCUGUUGGUCUGGCCAAAGCCAAAUAA